AAGCAUGGAUCAAUACCAUAAUACAUCCAUGAUCAAUACAUCCAUGGCAUGGAUCUAUUAUAAAACGAUGUAAAGCCGUGAAAGAGUAUCGCGAGAAGUUCCGAGACCCAGCAGGAGGAAGAAGCGGACGCGCCCUCUCCAGCAGGAAGCGAGGAGAAGCAGUCUGGUGUCAUGGCUGCUCUCGGGAACUCUGGGGCUGCGUCCAGCCCUCUGGUCAUCCUGGGGCCCAAGACUAAAACUAAAAAGAAACACUUCGUGCAGCAGAAAGUGAAAGUGUUUCGAGCGAGUGAUCCUGUCCUGAGUGUUGUCAUGUGGGGUGUCAAUCACUCGAUCAAUGAUCUCAACCAGGUUCCCGUUCCGGUCAUGUUGCUGCCUGAUGACUUCAAAGCAAACACAAAAAUCAAAGUCAACAACCACCUCUUUAACAAAGAAAAUCUACCAGGACAUUUCAAGUUCAAAGAAUACUGUCCUCAGGUUUUUCGCAAUUUAAGGGAGCGAUUUGGUAUUGAGGAUCUGGAUUACCAGGUGUCAAUGACCCGUAGUCCCCCGAUGAGAAGCAGCGAUAACCAGGGAGAAGGCCUGCUCCUCAACUCUUACGACCGGACGCUGGUUAUCAAGCAGAUCUCCAGCGAAGAUGUUGCAGACAUGCACAGCAUCCUAUCAGAGUAUCACCAGCAUAUCGUGAAAUGCCACGGCAGCACCCUGCUGCCCCAGUUCCUGGGCAUGUACCGGGUCAGCGUGGAGAGUGAGGAGACGUACCUGAUCGUCAUGAGGAACAUGUUCAGCCACAGGCUGGUGGUGCACAGGAAGUAUGACCUAAAGGGCUCUUUGGUGGAUCGUGAAGCAAGUGACAAGGAAAGGGAAAAAGAGCUUCCCACCUUCAAGGACAUGGACUUCAGGAACAACAUGCAGAAAGUGUAUGUAACUGAGGAGCAAAGGGAUAAGUUUAUGGAGAAGCUCAACAGGGACGUGGAGUUUCUAGUGAAGCUGAAGAUCAUGGACUACAGCUUGCUGCUGGGCAUCCAUGAUGUUGGCCGGGCCGAGCGGGAAGACGAGGAGGUGGAAGAGGUGUCCAACGAGGAGGAAGCAGAGACGGAGAACGGUCUGGUGCCGGCUCCCACCGUGGGCUCUUACAGCACGUCUCCUGAAGGAAUAGCUGGUUACAUGUCCUCCUGCAAGCCCCUGGGGCCCGGGGAGUUCGACCCCUACGUGGACGUGUACGCAUUCAGGAGCUGCCCAGGAGCCCCUCAGAGAGAGGUCUACUUUAUGGGCCUGAUAGAUGUCCUCACACAGUACGACACCAAGAAAAAAGCUGCUCAUGCAGCCAAAACUGUCAAACAUGGGGCUGGCGCUGAAAUAUCCACAGUCCACCCUGAGCAAUAUGCCAAACGUUUUCGUGACUUCAUUACCAACAUUUUUGCAUAACACUUGAGCGGAAACACUGCCACAAGUCACUUCAGCUGAUGGCUAAAGACUCGGACUAUAGACCAAUGCUAGUACACAGACAUGGAUCAUUCUUCAAUUUGAUGAUCUAAGGCAAAAUUUUAGUUGUAGCAAUAUCAUUUAAUACUUAUGAUGCAUAUAUUUAUUGAGGAUGCAUUUCUAUAGAUGUUAAACACUAUUAAAGGAGUCACCCUGGAGCAAUAGUUUAUCUGAGAGCUGAUUAGUGUUGGAAACUAUUAAAUUAUGUUAGCAGCAGAUUAGAUUUCCCCUUUUCAUUUUGCUCAGGAUUUCUAGCCAUAAGCUGAAGUUAAUAGAAAAUGUUUAUUUAAAGAUUUGUUUUUUCACACUGACUUAGAUGAAAAUAAAUAUAACUCACAUACAUGAACAGUAGUUUUCAGAUGGCGUGCUUAGCUUGGUAUAACAAGUCUAGCUUUAUUCAAAGGUAACAUAACUAGCUGUUUCCACCUCAAAUGUUAAAAUGAAAAUAUCCUGAAGCUUUCAAGGAUAUAUGAUAUAUUUAUAUCAGUCUCAUUAAACAUUGGAAAUGAAUAAUCUCUCUAAUAAGAGCAACACAGAUGGGUAACAAGCCUUUGGGCAUUUUCUGAGUUAUUUCUUGAACUCUAAACAUUAAUAGAAGGUAGAAUUGAUAAAUGGCUUUAGUUGAGAUGAUUGAACAUUACAUAUGUUUAUAGAUGUAGGCUAUCUGGAUUUUUAGUGCCAUAUGUUUGGGACAUAAGCUUUAUCAAAGCAGAUUUUGCACUUUACAUCUAGUUGAUUUGGCUUGGUGGCAGAGCAGAGGAAACUAUUCCAAUAGAUCAAAUAUUUAUUUUUUCUAGAAAUGUUGAUAAAUUCCUUACAUUUUCAGAAAAUCUUCAUUUGAUUGACGAAAUGUCUACUGUGUGAAAGGAUUUGGCCUGUGAACAGUCUUCCUGCCUGGACUGUUCAGACGGCAGGGCCUGGAGAGAAUGAGCUGGUACGUCUGCAGCCACAACGCUGGAGCUGCUCAUGAAGGAACCGGAUCAUUCCUGUCAUCAUGAAGCCUUUGUCACUGUUUGAUUUAAUAUGAGAACUUCCUGAAGGUUAACCUUUCCAUCAUACUUCUGAAAAGACUUUAUGAAUACAUUGUAAAAGUGUGUUUUGAAGUGGCAAUACUGCAUGAAGCAUUGUGAUAAGCAAGGUUUUAGAAAAGAGUAGUAAUAGGGACCAUCAAGCAAUUUAACAUUUAAUAUUUCCUUAUAGAAAGUGUGCUAUGUUAAACAUUGACAGGAACACUAAAUUUCAGCAUCUUGGCCUUAACGCAACAAUGAGAUGAUUCACCAUUCCUAAAUGCCGACGGGGCAGUGGAGAUGCGAGGAUCUUCUCUGUACGACGCCUCGUCCACCCAGUAACUGGACAUGUAUCUUAUUUUAUUUUUUCUUUAAAUCAGCUUUUUGACCAAAAUAUAUUUUAAGUUUA